GGGAGGGGACUCCCUACCCCUCCGCCCCCCAAAGAGGAUGCCUGGGCCAAAGGGGUCCCCUGCCCUGCAACCCCCAGCACAGCCGCAGUGGAGGAGAAAAGAGCCCCAGGGAGGAGGAAGAGUUGGCGCUUCCUUUACUCUAGGAGGGGAGGAACGAGAGGUUGCCCACCCAGUCCUCUGGCACAUUCCCCCCCCCACGUUGGAUCCCCAGAUGUUCUUGGAGGGCUACUACCAGAAGCCUUCUUUCCUGGCACCCCUUCUGGCAGAGCCUCCCUCCCUCCCUGGGCUGCUGCUGCCUCCCCUCCCCUCGUAGUCCUUUCUCUGGAGAUGACCCAGGAUCUCAACCAGGGCACUUCAGCUCACAUCGGCACCCUCCUAGGCAGAGAGCCAGAGGGCCUCCCGGAAGCCAGAGGCCCUUCUCCUGGGGCCCUCCAGGGCCUUCUAAGCUCGCUGAAGAGAAAGCAUGGCUGGGGGAAGAAUCCAAGCGCAGCCAAGCAGGGAAGCAGAUCACCAGCCCAGAGGCUGUGAGCAUCCAGAUGGCAGGCUGUAUUCAAAAGGCAUCCCUUCUCACCACCACCACCACCACCACCCCGAGAGGGAGGAAGGAUAACAUUCCAGGUGAUGUGAGCCCCGGGUUUGUAAGGGCUGUUUUCUCUUUGGGACUCCCUCAGACCCUUCAGUACUUGCAACAGAAUGCCAAGGAAAGGGCAGAACUGGCCGCAGCCAAUCCCGUGUCGAGCGGCGUUGGCGUCACCACCCUCUCCAUCUCUUCAGCCUCCCCCAAAAUGACCGUUCAGGAACUGGAAGAAUUACGGAAGCAGCUGGGCACGGUCACGACCACCUCUGGCAUGCAGCAGCCUCUUGAACUUGUGCGAAAGGCUCUCAGAGAGAAGCAGAAUAAGAAGAAUUUUGGGCAGCCGAUUCCAACCUUUCCUGCCUGGGUGUACGAGAGGCCGGCUCUGGUUGGGGAUUUUCUCACCGGCUCCAGUUUGAGCACAGAUACCAUCGUGCCUAUAGGAACGUUACCGUUGGCGGCCCAAGAGUCUGCAGUGGUGGAGGACUUGUUGUAUGUUUUGAUUGGAGUGGACGGCAGAUAUAUCACAGCCCAGCCGCUUGUGGGCCGAGAGAACCGGACCUUUUUAGUCGACCCCAACCUGGAUAUGUCAGUGAAAGAGCUGGUCACUAGGAUCCUUCCAGUUGCUGCAAGUUACUCCAUCGUAACCAGGUUCAUAGAGGAGAAGUCUUCUUUUGAGUACGGGCAGGUGAAUCACGCUUUGGCGGCAGCCAUGAGGACCCUCAUCAAGGAGUACAUGAUUCUCGUCACUCAGCUGGAGCACCUCCAGCGCCAGGGCCUCUUGUCCCUGCAGAAGCUCUGGUUCUACAUCCAGCCCACCAUGCGGACUAUGGAGAUACUAGCGUCCCUCGCUACUUCUGUUGACAAAGGUGAGUGCACAGGAGGGUCUACCCUCAGCCUGCUCCACGACAAGACGUUCAACUACACAGGGGACAGCCAAGCCCAGGAACUGUGUCUCUACUUGACCAAGGCGGCCAGCGUCCCCUACUUUGAGAUCCUGGAGAAGUGGAUCUAUAGAGGUAUCAUCAAUGAUCCCUACAGUGAAUUCAUGGUGGAAGAGCAUGAGCUCCAGAAGGAAAAGAUCCAGGAGGAUUACAACGAUAAAUACUGGGAUCAGCGAUACACAGUUGUCCAACAGCAGAUUCCAUCUUUCCUCCAGAAGGUUGCAGACAAGAUCCUCAGCACAGGGAAGUAUUUAAAUGUGGUCCGGGAAUGUGGCCAUGACGUCACCUGCCCCGUGGCCAAAGAGGUCAUCUACACCCUGAAGGAGCGGGAAUACGUGGAGCAGAUCGAGAAGGCCUACAACUACGCGAGCAAAGUCCUGCUGGAUUUCCUCUUGGAGGAGAAGGAGCUCGUGGCCCACCUCAGGUCAAUCAAGCAUUACUUCCUGAUGGACCAGGGUGACUUUUAUGUCCAUUUCAUGGACCUUACGGAAGAGGAGCUGAAGAAGCCGGUGGACGAUAUCAUUCCCACUCGACUGGAGGCUCUACUUGAGCUGGCGUUGCGGAUGAGCACGGCAAACACAGACCCAUUCAAAGAUGACUUAAAGAUUGACCUGAUGCCUCAUGACCUCAUCACGCAGCUCUUGCGGGUUCUGGCCAUUGAAACGAAGCAAGAGAAGGCGAUCAUCAAUGCGGAUCCCACGGAGCUCUCUCUCAGCGGCCUAGAAGCCUUUUCCUUUGAUUACAUCGUUAAGUGGCCCCUUUCUCUCAUCAUCAACAGGAAGGCCUUGACGCGCUACCAGAUGCUCUUCCGGCACAUGUUCUAUUGCAAGCACGUGGAGCGCCAGCUGUGCAACGUCUGGAUCAGCAGCAAGGCGGCCAAGCAGAGCUCGUUGCACUCUUCGAAAUGGUUUGCGGGGGCGUUCACUCUCCGCCAGAGGAUGCUGAACUUUGUGCAGAACAUCCAGUACUACAUGAUGUUUGAAGUGAUGGAGCCCACCUGGCACCUGCUGGAGAAGAAUCUCAAAUCGGCCUCCAACAUUGACGAUGUCUUGAGUCAUCACACCAGCUUCCUUGACAACUGCUUGAAGGACUGCAUGCUCACCAACCCGGAGCUGCUGAAGAUCUUCUCCAAAAUGAUGUCUGUUUGUGUCAUGUUCACCAACUGUAUGCAGCGAUUCUCUCACAGCAUGAAGCUGGAUAAUGAACUGGGACGGUUGACAGUGGAGCACGGGACCAUGAGGGGCCCCCCCACAGAGCAGGAGCUGGAGGAGGAAUCCACGCGGAAGCUUCUGGCUAGUAAGCUCUUAGCAGAGCAUGCAGACUCCCUGCAGGUAACCUCUGGCUUUGAGGCAACAAUCAACAAGUUUGACAGCAAUUUCUCAGCCCAUCUCCUGGACCUUCUGGAUAAGCUGAGCAUCUACAGCACCAAUGACUGUGAGCACAGCAUGAUCAACAUCAUCUACAGGUUGGACUUCAACGGCUUCUACACAGAGCGGCUGGAGCACAUGUCUGCGGAGCGGAGCCGGAAAGCCAUCGCGCAGGCGGCUCCUCCUGGCCCCAGGGCUGUGUUGGCUACAUAGGGAGCGACGUGAUUCCCCUUUUCCCAAGGGUCCUCCUUGGGGGGGUGGGGGUUGCAACGGGAGCUCUAUGUAAAUAUGCAGCGCUUCUGUAGUGUGGGCUUGUCACUCCACCAUGGAGAUGCCAAACAUGUCUGUGGUGGCAGUUGUGUUUGUGAGGGCUAUGUGGUUUUGAAGGUAUCCUCUUUUUAAGAAAAUACAACUUUAACUUAAAAUGUGCAAUUCACUAUUUUAUGUAAAAAUAAAAUGAAUUUACAGGUG